ACGUUUAUUAAUUUUCUAAUUACCGUUUCAUUAAAUUGAACUAAACUUGUUAUUAUAAUCGUUGCUAUUUUAUUUUGAUUCAUCAAAUCAUCUUAUAAUUGUGACAUUACAAUUACAAAUAUACAUAAAUUUAUUUAUACUUUAAUAAAAGACAUCAUGCAAAACAUCAAGAUGGAUCUUUAUGUCAAUCAAAGAGGUGAACAAUGGAUGAUUCUAACAAAUUUCAACAAAUGCAAGAUGAGAUGUCAAGGUUUGAAGCGGAAAUAUCGGGUUCGGAGAUUGCCGCGAAUCCCAGAGCGGUGAUUAGCUCGAGCACGUUUGGAGCGGCUCAGCAGCGGUUGGAGCGCGUGCCUCCGCCACCGCCGCCGCCCGCUUUGCUACCGCCGCCCUUCGAGUCGGGCGUCAUAGACCCUGGCAUGAUGGGCACAGGCCUGAUGUACCCUGGAGUGCCACAACCCACUCCAUCUUCACUCAUGGUUCCAGCUUCGGUGCAAAGAUUAAGACCUUCUGGCCCUUCAGAUCCAUACCCAGGCCCAAUGCCAUUCCUCCGACCCGGACUGCCGGGUCCGCAGCUGAUUCCCCCACCCCCACCAAAGCCCCAGCCUGUAGUGCUCUCUGCUGCUCCCAAACUGUACAAGCAAAAUAAAGAUGAUGAUGACAAGAAGGAAAAAGAGGGCAAAAAGAGGAAACGCGAACCUUCGCCCGUGGUCGAGGUGGUUGUGCCGCGCGAGCCGACGCCACCGCCCGCGCCUGCGCCGCCCCCGCCACAAGACACAGCACCCAAACUCAAGAAGGAGAAGAAACAUAGAAAGGUGAUAAGAACGGCAGGCGGACAGGUAUGGGAAGACGUGACACUGCUGGACUGGCCCGAUGACGACUUCAGGAUGUUCUGCGGAGACCUCGGAAAUGAUGUCACUGAUGAACUAUUGACAAGAACAUUCAGUAAAUAUACAUCGUUCCAACGCGCUAAAGUGAUCAGAGACAAGAGAACGAACAAGAGCAAAGGCUUCGGUUUUGUCAGCUUCAAGGAUCCCGGAGAUUUUAUUAAGGCUAUGAAAGAAAUGGAUGGUCGGUACGUUGGCAGUAGACCUAUAAAGCUGCGCAAGAGCACGUGGCGCAGUCGCGCGCUGGACGUGGUGCGUCGCAAGGAGAAGGAGAAGGCGGCCUUGCUGUCAUUGCUCAUGGCCGGCAACAAGGCGGCGCAGCAUUAAAUAUACAGACGCGGAUAUUUAUUUCCUAUCCGGUUAAUUGUCAGUUAACUAGCACAGUCAAAUUAAAAAAAAAACUGAAAACUCUAAGUAGGUGGCGCUAGUGUCAAGAGUGGGCUUUCAGCUGUCAAAUUCCUGAUAGUUAACUGUAGCUGUCAUGUCAUGGGUUGAAUAUAUUUUCUGACAAUUAACCUAGACAGUGACAGCUCACCGGGUCAAAUAGAUGUGUCGCACUGUAUCACAUUUCGGGUCAAAUAGAUUACUGCAUUCGAGUUGUUUAGUGGUAUCUUAGUGUAUUCAUUGUGAGAAUCAUACACUAAGGAUCCUUAGCAUACUUAACGACCGUGGGUUUCUGAGACCAAAAUCCUCGUCCCUGUCAUUACCUGUAACAUGUUGGUGAUAACAAUAUUUUGUAAAGUGGGCUUUGGUCUCAGAAACGCACGGUGUGUGUGUGGUAAUUAAUAUAAUAAUUAAAUCUUCAAAGCUGUAUUUUCAAAUAUUUUGACUAAAAUCGAAUAGAAGAAAUCCAUCUAAUUUGUAGGAGAAUUUUUAAAACACAGAUCCGUAACUAGUGUGAUUUUCUAUUUUUAAUAGGAAUGUAA